AUGGGGAGGGAGUUUAUGGUAUUUGAGAUGGUGACGUCGAGGGUGUCGAGAGGGUUAGCAGUGUACCGCACUGCAGCCAGGGCAGCGGCAUCUUCUUCGAGGUCUUCGUCGGAGGAAAUGACGGACGCCUCGUACGACAUCACGCUUCGACCUAGGGAACUUCCGGGGCGGGUAGGGCCCGCACGGGAACUUGAUCGCGCGGGGGAGGCACAAGCGUCGUGGCCGCUUUCAGAGGGUCGGCGUACACUUUGCGGGACGACAGGUACGGGUGGAGGACGAGGUGCCCGUACGUAG